UUAAACACACUAGAGCCACUUCCUGUUCAUUUGUAGCCGCCAUGUGAAAUUGUAUUUUGUGAAAGCCGUUGCCUCUUCGUGGCCUACUCUCCAACUUUUUGUGGUUUAUAAUUGAUAAGCAGACCAAAAUAAUGGCUGGAGAACAUCGUAGAUCGACGGUGGCACAGUUCUUCGAGGAGGAAGAUGAUGCGGCAUUGGAAAGCACCUCCACAUACGACAGGGUUGUUGAUCUCAUCAAUAAGGCUUCAUUGAUGCAGAAGGAUGCCCAGAAAAUAAACAAUCUGAAACAGGUGCAAGAGUUGAUUAUUCACAAGGAACCCAAUUUAUUGGACAAUUUCCUAGAUGAAAUGUUGGCCUUCCAGAGUGAUCGAACAGUUGAAGUGAGAAAAUUUGUCAUCAGCUUCAUGGAGGAAGCAUGUAAGAAGGACAGAGAGCUGCUGCCUAAGAUUCUUCCCUGUCUGCAGCUGCUGCUGGAGGAUGAGAAUGUUAACAUCCAGAAAAAAGUCAUUCUUAUCAUGUCUCAAGUUUACAAAUGUGUCCUCCAGUGGAUGUGUAAUGCUAAAGGCAUAAGUGAUGAGAGAACUUACGUCUGGGAGAUGGUCAAGGGCAUGAAGGCAAAAAUACUGGAGAUGGCAGAUUCAGAAAAUGACGGUGUGAGGACUCACGUGGUGAAGUUCUUGGAAGGCAUGGUGAUGAUAUUGUCCACGCCUUCAUCAGAUUCCGAGUUUCCAAAGAACUUUAAACCAGUGUCUGAUAUCAACCUCAGUAUAAUCCCAGAGGACAGCGACAACAAAUAUCUCAAGGUCAAGCGUCUGGAGGAUGAAGGAAAAAAUAUUUUUGAGACCAUGUUACACUUUCAAGCUUCUCCACACAUAUCUAGCAUCAACCUGAUGACAGUUAUGGGCAGUAUAACCUCCAUAGCCAAACAGAGACCAGCAUUCUUUGGCAAAGUUGUUCAGGCAUUUGAAUCUCUACAAGUAAACCUGCCUCCAACUCUAGCCAAAUCACAGGUGAGCAGUGUAAGAAAAAACCUGAAGAUGCACAUGUUGUCGUUGCUGAGACAUCGCUGCUCUACUGACUACAUGACACAGAUAACAACCCUCCUCACAGAUCUGGGUGCCACAAACUCAGAGGUGAUGAAGGCCAUGCCAAAAAUAGAUGAAAGCAAGAAGAGGAAAGCAGAGGAGUCAACACAAGUAGCGAAGAAAGCUAAAAUAGAGGAGGUGGAGAUAGAUGACGAUGAUGCUGGUAUGACCCCAUUUGUGGACAGAACAAUGACCAAGCCUGCUCCCACGGUCAAACAGCAGUCUACUGCCAUUGACAUCACAUCAGAAGACCUAGAAUCUAGACUCUCCACUCAGAAUGUGGCAGAUCUUGUUCUCAUCAGUAUGGUGAUGUUGCCAGACACAAUGCCAGCACAUUUCCAGUCAACAUAUACUCCUAUAGCUGCUGCCGGUACCGAGGGACAGAUCAAACACAUAGCUAGGCUUCUGGCCACUCAACUUACCACUGCAGGCAUGGGCAAAGGAGUGGCUGAAACACAGGCACAGUCUGAAGAAAAUGAGGAAGCUGGUGGUGAAUCACCUGCAUAUCAGCCAUCUUCUCCAAAACAAUUAAUCCAAACUGUUGUGGGAGGGUUAACAGAUGACUUACCAGCAUCAGUUGCUAGUUCUAGUAAAUCUAUGCAGCCUCCUCCUGCACCUGUCCGCAGAGGAAUCAAACAAUUCAAGUUAAGUAGUGUGACCCAGGAGCUUAAUCGUGACGACCUUGACCAAAUGACCAUCAGUGCUGUUGGCAGGAUUCUCAAUGCAGAAAAAAGUGCUACACAAGGCAAUGUACUACCAGCCAGGACCAAACUAUUAGCUGGGCUUACAUCACAGUUUGGUGGUGAGCUUAGAGACCUUCUAGAAGAGUACAUCUUUGAAGACUUGCGGUCGAGAUUUGACCUAGCCUUUGCCUGGCUUUACCAGGAAUAUGCCAAUUGUAUGGGGUUCUGUGCCCCGCUGAUGAAGUUAGAAAAGCCAUCCCUUGCAAGCUAUGAUGAAUGUCUCACUCGUCUUCUUGCUGGUCUCCUGGCGCGAGUGGAACUCAAGGAAGGGUUUUUCCAACGAGUGUUAAUAGAAGCCCCUGCUGUGACAGACAAUGCAAUUCUGAUUUUGAAGAAGUAUUGUUUGGAUGAGAACCGUGUGGUGGCAGGUAUGAAUACACUAAAGGAGCUGAUCCUGACUCGCCCAGUUCACAGACACCGCUUCCUCAAUGUCAUGCUGGAGUCCUGCUCUCAUGACAAACCAGAGGUGAGAAACACGGCAAUCCGCUUCACGAAGAAGUUAUAUGAGAAACCACAGAUAGCCACACAUAUAGAGGAAUAUGCCUCUAAAAUGUUGAAAUAUCUACUACUGCCUAAACCUCCAAGUGAGAUGUUUCCUCGGUCUAAAUCAGGUGAUCUGCCGCAAUCCUGGAUUGAGGAUAUCAUUAAGAUGUGUCUGUACCUGUACCUUGGCCUGUUGCCAAGCAACCAUAAGCUAAUCCAUGAAUUAGCUGUGGUUUAUACGUCUGCCACUGCUGACAUCAAGAGGACCAUUCUCCGUGUGCUUGAAAACCCAGUGAAGGGUAUGGGAAUGCAGUCCCCUGAACUCCUUUUAUUGGUGGAGAAUUGUCCGAAGGGGGCGGAAACCCUAGUGACUCGUGUCAUACACAUCCUCACAGACAAAGCUGCCCCGUCACCAGAACUUGUGGAGAGGGUACGUGACCUGUACCACAAACGUGUGCCUGAUGUCCGCUUCCUCAUUCCUGUACUUACAGGACUACACAAGAGAGAAGUAAUUCAGGCCUUACCCAAACUCAUCAAGCUGAAUCCAGUGGUGGUGAAGGAGGUAUUCAACAGACUCCUGGGAGGCCAUGGUGAGACCAGUUUCACAUCCCCACUCACCCCUGCUGAGCUGUUGAUCUCACUUCACAACAUUGACCCCAACAAGUGUGACAUGAAGACGAUCAUCAAAGCUACUAAUCUUUGUUUCUCGGAGAAGAACGUCUACACACAGGAAGCUCUGGCUGUAGUGAUGAAGACGCUGAUGGAACAGACGCCCCUUCCUACAUUGUUCAUGAGGACGGUUCUACAGUCCCUUUCUAUGUAUCCUCGUCUUCUCGGCUUUGUACUCAACAUCCUACAGAGACUGAUCAUAAAACAGGUGUGGAAACAGAAGCGUGUGUGGGAAGGCUUCAUUAAGUGCUGUCAGAGAACCAAACCGCAAUCGUUCCAGGUUUUACUGCAGCUGCCAUCACUUCAGUUAAAGAGUGUGUUUGAGAGCUGUCCAGAGCUACGGGAACCUUUGCUUAAUCACAUCAAAUCCUUCACGGAACACCAGAUCACACAUAUACCCAAGGCAAUCAUGGCUGUCCUGGAGAAGGACCCUGCAGAGGAACAACAAAAACAAGCCCAGAAGGAAAACAUGGCAGCAGAGGCCAGGAGACUGGCAGAGGCAAAAAGUAUGAUGGCCCCUCCAGAGGUUUUGGUACAGGUCAGACAAGAACCAAUGGAGAUGCAGGUUAUAAGGACAGUUAGUUCACUGUCACGUGACCAACAGGCCGCAGAGAGCGCCAAACACGAGGCUGAGAGGGAAAAAGCUGAGAAAGCAAAAUGGGAAGCAGAGGAGAGGGAGCGGGAGGCACUGGCUAAAAAGGCUGCUCAGGAGAAAGCUGAGGCAGAGGAAAGGGAAAGAAUGGCUGCAGAACAGAAGGCAGAGAGGCAGCGCUUGGAGGAAGUGAGAGCUGCAGAAGCUGAGGCAAUGGUCGCCAGAGCCUUAAUAGAUGUAGAGAUGGCUGAUGAGGACCCAGAUUCACCUGAAAAUGCCCUGGCCAUAGCUGAGGAUGAACCCAUGGACACUUCUCAGACAUCGGAGUCAGCAGAGCAGUCACAGGAUACAGAGGAAGAGGAGAAAGCAGCUGAGGAAAUAGAGGAGGGCGAGGCUGUGGAGGAGGGGGAGGCUGUGGAGGAAGGGGAGGCUGUAGAAGAGGGGGAGGCUGCAGAAGAGGGGGAGGCAGAAGAGGAAGUCAAGGAGGUGGAGGUCAAGUCCUCUAAACAAAAAUCUGGUCGCCGUGGUAGAACUAAAGGACCAUCACGGUCAGCAGCUAAGUCAGCACCAACUAGGAAAAGUUCUAGGACAAAGAAAUGAAAAAGGGACUAUAUUAAAAGGACUAUAUUUUUGGUUAUAUUUGGAGAUAUUCAAUUGAAAUACUCAGAUAUGGACCUUUUAAAUGUGAAAAAAAAUAUCAUAUCAGAAAACUCUGAAGUCUUAUAUCAUCAGUUUAAAUGGCAGAAACUAGGAUCAACUUUAACGAAUAGAGGGAUUGUUAUAUCAUCAGUUUAAAUGGCAGAAACUAGGAUCAACUUUAAGGAAUAGAGGGAUUGUUCAGACACUUCUUUCAUUAGAAGCAAAGAAUAGUUAAAACUUAUGGAAAGUACAAAAUCAUCAAAGAAAUAGCCAAAGUUUUCAUAUUUUUGAAAGCUUUGUGGUUGUUGACCUUAUAAAUCUUCCACCUCAGUCAUGUAUGUAUUUAAUGGAUAUUUUUGUCCUACCUAAAUUCAAACAUCUUGUGCAGUUAGUUAGUUACAAAUUUUUAGCGGCCCAUCAACACUUUAAAGGUCAAACUUCAUGCAGAUCUUCUUUACCAAAAGUGCUCACUUAAAAUUGCUUCCAGGUCCAUAGCUCAAGGUCACUGUUACUAAAAAUAGAAUAUUUGUUUCCUAGUGAUAAUUCAACUUCCUUCGGGCCCACCAAACUCCAUUUGUAUGCAGUUUUUUAGCUCACCUGGCCCAAAGGGUGUCCUACUAGACAAAAAGUCCUGAAUGGAUUUGCACCAAAUUUGGUCAGAAAGAUCCUUUGGGAAAGGGGAAUAUAAAUUUUGCAUAAAUAGUGGUAAUUCCUUUAAAUUACCAAAAGUGCUUGCAUGGAAUUGCUGUUUUACUGGUCCAAAGGUCAAGGUCACUGUUACUAUAAAUAGAAAAUAUGUUUCUAUGCAAUAACUCCAGUUCUCUUGGGCUAAUCAAGCUCAAUCUUCUUGAGGUGCUCCUUUACCAAAAUUUCCUGCUCUAUAUUGCUGAAUUUUCUUCGUAAUCACUCAUCUUGCUGCGCAGGUGACACAUCCACUUUUGUGGCAUUCUUGUUUACGUUGUUGAAAUAGAUAUUAUAAAUGUUUCAAAUAUAUUACAAAGGAAAAGUUUACAUGCAUGAAGUUUUAGAUCAUUUUCAUGUAAAGAGUACUAAAAGAUUUUUACAGUUUGACCUUCAUGACCUUACAUUGUAAAAUUGGAUGUGAAGCAUGUAUUAAGGGGAAAAAAACAAAAAAUACGAAAAGGUAUAAACAGUGUUACUUUACCAGUUUCCAGGUUUAUACUCAGAGACUAUCAAUUGAACAAUUAUAUGUCUUACUCACUUUUACAUUUACAUAUCCUUAUUAAGCCAGAUUUAAUCAGAAACAGUAUACCAUAUAUUCAGUUCCUUGAAUAUAAUUAUUUUUGGUUGAAUUAAAACUUCCUGGUAAUUGAUUAAUGGAGGAUUUGCCUCUGUAGACAUAUGCAGUCUCAAUAGAAAAUUUACAUUAGGAACUAACAGUUAGGGAAAUAAACCUUGACACAAAUAUUUAAAUUUUGAAGGUCAACUUAUUCCAUGGUUCUAUACUGAGUUACAUCACUGUUAUAAUCUUCAUUGUUUAUUGUCAGUAUAUGUUUAAACAAAUGUGCAGCUGACACUUGGCUUGCUAUUUGUUUUGUAUACUCGUACUGUUUGUGAGAUCAGACCAAGAUGUUGUCAAUAAACGUUUCCAUUAUAAA